CCUGCUGACUCCUCCAGGACAAACACAUGGAAACAGUCACAUUUAGACAGGAUGGGCUCCAGAUUGAAACAAAACCCCGAGCGAACGUUCAACUGGUUCUUUGAAGCAACAUGUCCUGUAGCCAGAGACAAAGAUCCUGGCGUGACGUUCCAGUUUCCAGAGGACUUCAGCGAUGAGGAGUCCAGCCAAACGUUGCUCAGGUUCUGCUUCCCGUAUGACGUACAAAGGGCGAGGGAUGGAUUCAUCGUGCAGAACUUCACUUUCGUCCUCACCGACCUUGAGGGAUGCCAGCAGUUCGGCUUCUGUCGUCUCACCAGCAGCACUCACAGCUGCCUUUGCAUCCUCAGCUAUCUUCCAUGGUUCGAAGUAUUUUACAAACUUCUCAACAACUUGGCUGAUUACCUCGCCAAAGCGCAGGUUAAUGAGACGAAAGCGCUCCUGGCUGCGCUCUACAAACAGUCCACACCUCUGGCUGAUGGGUCCGUCACUCUGCAGAUGGGAGAGCAGAUUUUGAUCGGUACAGAGUUGUCCCAUUCUGUUGGACACACACAGGGACAAGAGGGGAUUCCAUAUUUCAUCGCUCCAGAUCCAAGAAGUCUUCCUUCCAUCCCUGAAAAUAGGAACCUAACGGAGAUGAUUGUAGCAGUAGAUGUUGGGAACCUCCUUCAGCUUUAUGCCAGCAUGCUGUUCGAGAGACGCAUCCUCAUCUUUGCCAGCAAGCUGAGCACUCUGACAUCUUGCGUGCAUGCGUUCAGUGCUGUGUUGUACCCCAUGUACUGGCAACACAUCUUCAUACCUGUCCUGCCUCCACACCUGCUGGACUACUGCUGUGCUCCAAUGCCUUAUCUAAUUGGAGUCCACACAAGUCUCUCUGAGAGGGUGAGGAGUCGUGGCUUGGAGGAAGUGGUUAUUCUUAAUGUGGACACAAAUACACUCGAAACUCCAUUUGAUGACCUUAAAAGGAUACCUUCAGACGUGACGUCCAGACUGAAGGUUUGCUUGAAGCGUCAGGCGGUGUCACCUGGCUGCGGUGUGUCCUGGGCUUUCCUGAAAGCUCAGGCUCUGCUGUUUGGAGGAUACAGGGAUGCUCUGCAGUGCAACAAGGAGGGUGAAAUACAAUUUUAUGAAGAACUUUUUCUUAAUCACAAAUCUCCCAGCAUGAAGCAGUUCCUGCAAAGCGCCGUUCAUUUGCAGUUCUUCAAACAGUUCAUUGAUGGUCGUCUGGAUAUUCUGAACAACGGAAAGGAACCAGAUGAUCUAUUUGAGGAAGAGAUAAUAAAAUGUGAAACAAGUGGAAGAAGCAAAUCUUAUCAGCAGUUGGUCGGUAAUUUAAAGAAAGGGGGCGGAGCUCUAAUCCUCAACAUGAAAACCAAAGCAAAUAUGAGAACUAAAGGCUUCACCAAGUCAGGUUUAAAAAACCUGCUGAUUCACAAGAGCCACAAUGAAAAUCAAAUCCUUCAUCGAGGUGGGUCGAUGUCACAUCGUCGUGCCCAGUCUGACAGCUUGCAGAACCGCCUGCCAAUCACUCAACAUUUUGGGAAGUCACGACCCCGUCGGCCAACUUUCAAACGCAAAGACAAAGAAAACACAAAGGACACGGAUGUUGUGUGGGAAAGAGCUGUGUCCGGGCCCGCGGACGAGCCAGAUUCUGAGCUCCAGAAGGAUGAUGAAGACGAAGACGGUGACGAGUCCCCGCGGUGUGACUCAGAGGAGAUGGAUCUUCUUGGGGAGAUCUUUGACACACUCAGCGCACGCAGCUCCCACGAUCGGGGCGUGCUGUACGGCACUCGCAGCUUGGAUUUGUUUGGACCGGACAGCCACGACUUUAUCACAAAGUGCGGUCCAGCCAACCCCAGCCAGGAGAGCCUGUCUCUGUCCAUCAGUGGCAGCGGCAGUCUGCACAGCUGGAAUCUGGAAACCACCGAGGAGCUGUCAGAUUUGACGGAGGACUCCGAUUGUCUGUGGCUGGACACCAGCUUGCCAGAGGAAGAGGGGGCGGAAAAUCUUCCCGUGGCACAUGAAAUGAUGGAGGGACAGACGGAGGACAGAGAGAAACAGAAAGAAACGAAUGCAGCGAUAAACAGGAAGCAGGCCGAAGAAGAAACGCACAACAGAAAUAACUUUCAGGAAGUGAAGUUAGAAGAAGAGAAGACACAGAAAGACCCCAGGGAGGACGGUGUAAAUGAAACGACUGAAGCAAAAGAAAAUGAAGGGUUGAAAGAGAAAAGGAAAGACGACAAAUGUUGGAGUGAGGAGGAAGGACACGAGAGAGAAAUAAACAAAAUACAACAAAGUGUGACUGAGGAGGAGGAGAAGGUGACAAAUGUGAAGAAGAGUAAUGGACCUAAAGAGCUUUUAGACAUGCGCAUAAAACUGAAUUCUGUGGAAGAACAAACUGCAGUCCCUCCUGAGACUCAGAUCCACGCUGAGGACCUUAAACCUGCAAACAAUCAGGAGCAAACGAGAGAAAUUCCUCCGAAGAAUGAAAAGCAAGCGGUCCAACCGACGUCCUCUCCGUCCAAAGUCACGUCUGCUGCAGCACGUUUCCAGUCUCAGGCGUCCACUCAUGGUUUCCAGAUAAGGUCCAUACCGAAGGUUUCAGCUGAGUCUGUGUUUCGCUGCAGGGAGAAAACACAAACUCACCCGCCGGGUGAGUCGGACUCAAACAAGAGCACCGAGACACCUGAGGAGGAAGAGCUGCCCCCGCUCAAAGUGUCUGAGCUGAAGAAACGAUUUGAAGCAUGAAAGAAUAAUGCUUAAAGGUUUGCUACU